AUGGGGGCUGCUGGGCACUCACUGCUGCUCCCUUUCAGGGAGGGUUGGCCACCUUGCUUCCUGGGCUGUUUCUUGGCCAUCGCCGGGGCACUCAACGGCCUGUCCACUGAGGAGAACUGGGCCAAGAUCCGACGGGAUUACCCGGCGCGCUGCUCACCAACUAUUACCUCUUGGCCAGCUGUGCAGAUGCCAACUUCUACUUCAUCCCCUGAACCACAGGCUGGCUGUCGUGCAGGUGGUGGCUGUCGUCUGGAAUUCCUACCUGUCCUGGAAGGCGAACCAGCUGUGAAGCCAUGGGGCCGGCGCCCCUCCCAUCCCCACACCCAACCCGGUCUCCCCCAGCCUUCUGCCUGGCCUGCCCCCCCCCACGCCGAACCCUCCUCUGUGACUGCCAUAGCGAAUGGCUGUGGGGCUGGUCCCCCUCCUCUUUCCCCUCAUCCAGCUGCAAGACCCCCAUGCCACCCCAUCUGUGACUGCCAUAGCGAAUGUCUGUGGGGCCGGCCCAGCAGUGGCUCUUGUGGGCACUCCAGGGGGCACAUCACACAGCAAUUCUCAAACUGGGCCCCCUGGGCAGCCUCAGCAAAGAAAGCACUGGCACGUGGUGCUGGGGGGUCUGAGCUGUGCCCCAUGGCUGUCCCCAGCACAGGGGGAGAUUGAUUCCUGCCCCAAGGCUGUCCCCAGGGUGACUGAGCUGCGCCCCACGGCAGUCCCUGGCACCGGGGUAGACUGAGCUGUGCCCCAGUGAUGCCUGCAGUGCUGAGGGCGAUCAAGCCACACCCCUGGCUGGAGAGCCCCUGCCCCGACGGGCCCUUUGAGCCGUCGUCCAUGGAGCCCAGGCAAGGAACUGGAGAAAUAAGCUCAGUGACUGGCCUUGCCGUGGCCCUGCUGUUGGGGUGGGGCUGGGGGUGAGGUCUGGGGCCAUCCUGGGACUCCAGGGUCUGGGACAGGGUCUGCAGGAGCCGAGGGCAGCCGGCAGGAGCUGCUCCCCAGGAAGCAGGCUCAGCACCAGCAGGUGCCCAUGGUCAUAACCUGCUGCGCAGGCAGGACCGACAGGAUGCAGCUUCCUGCAGCGCCUUCUCCACAUGGGACAGUGAGGCAGCUGGGGCCAGAGCUCAGAGCACCCACCUGGCAAUGC